GCGUGGACGGUUGCUAUGGUGACGUUGUGGCGGGAUGGGCCUGUGAGCGCUCCGUGCCCCACCCCACCCCCCGAGAGGCCGGCGAAAGAACCCGCGUUUUUCUUCGGGCGCGGUGAGAGCGAGCCCAGGGAGCCGGGCGAGGCCAUGAACAGGUUAAAUAUGGUCGUGGGACAAGGGAUUGCCAGGCCGGCCGCCCCAAAGGUUUCUGGAAUGAUGGAAGUAAUUGCUCCUGAAGACGGAUUUGUCCUAGAAACACAUUUGCCUUUAUCAAGGCACAAUGGUUUAGGAAGGACAGACAUAAUGAAGGAACAAAAGAAUAAACACUAUGGAAGGUUGCAUGUGUUUGGCCCCAAAGAAGAGGUAGUUAUUGAACCAGUUCAAACACUUCCACGCCUGGGAUGUGGAAAUGAAUCUGCAAGUAGACCUUACACUCCAUCAAAGCAGAUCUUGUUAUGUGCUGCUAAAUCAUUAGAAAAAUGGAAGGAUUUAACCAGGAUUACACAAAAUAAAAAUCCAAAUAUGAGUGUAAGACUGCAUGGCUGCAUAGCAGAAGAACUGGAAAUUCGCAAUGAUGAAAAACUAAGAAGUGAUUUGCAAAGACUGAAUCAUGAAACUAAAAUAAUUGAGGCUAAGACAGAAUCAGAUGUCAAUGAUGAAAAAAUGAAAAAUUCCAAGAAUUUUGAAGAGACCAGCAACAGUGAGAUCCAAUCUGAAAUGCAAAAAGAGCAUGCAGAUAAACAAAAUGAAGAUGAGCGGUUGCCAGAGAGUUCAGAUGAUGAUGAAAACAAUGAACAAAAUGAUAAUGUAGCUGCAAAGAGAAUUGCGCCACUACAAUUAAUGGGAGAGUUUCUCAAAGCAAUAAUGGAACAGAAAUACAGUCUUGCGAAAAAACUUUGUCAAAUGAUUCUAAUAUAUGAACCAGAAAAUCCCGAGGCCAAGCAGUUUCUUCCACUUAUUGAGCAAAAACUACUGUUGGAAAAUGAGUGUGCUGCUAACGAAGAUGAAGAAACUGGAGAAGGGAGCAGUGACGACAGUGAAGAGGAUACCAGCAACACAGAUGACAGUGAGACAGAAAGUGAAGAAAGCUCUGAGGAUUCCGAUAAAAAUGCCUAGAAAUUUAGCUGUAUCGUCACGGAGUAUAUUCUUUCUUCGUUGAUUUGUCUUUGAAAUGCAUACAGUAAAUUGAAUUUAUUGAUAAAGUAAGACUCUUCCAUGCUCCUGGUAUCUAUUCGUUGUACUUACAGAGUUUCUAGUUUUCCACAAUUUUUAAUAUUAUUGCAUAUGGAUUUUGGCCAUAGACAAAUCCUGGGAAACAUUGUUAUGCACCAGCAGUUUGUGAGAUGAAACAUUCUAGUAAAUGGUGCAAUAUCUGUCAAUGAGAUAGAUUGAUUGCUUCCAAUAGCUCACUAUUCUGGACUAGCUAGCAUAGUUCUAAUUUAAGGAAUUCUGGCAUACAGAAUUGAACUCCUGAUGGAUCUUCUAGCAAAGGGGUGGCAAACUCGUAGCCAGGCUGGUGUUUUAGACUGUAGCUCUGCUAAUCCCUCAGCAUUGGCUGUGCUCCCUAGGAGUGAUAGAAAGUAUAGGCCCAAAAUAUCUAGAGGGCCACAGAUGUGCACCUCUCCUCUAACAGCUCCUGGCUCGCCAUUUGGUGUUUCUGAAAAUGUUGUGCAACCAAUUACUGCAAUUUUUAAAUCCCUUCCUCUCUUAUUUUGGAUAAGAACAAGAUAAGAAAUAAAAAGUUCCAAAAGACAAAAACUUGGUGGCAUCUUAAAGACUAACUUUUAAUGUGAGCUUUCAUAGACAAGAGUUUCUUCUUCCCUGACACCUUUCCCAUCCUAGUCUUUUAGACCGGUGGUCCCCAACCAGUUGGGGAGGUGGGGUCCAUGCACG